AUGUCGACAGAGGAGAGUGCAUGCGAGAAGCACUUCAGCGACACGACAAUCCAAGAGAAGGAUGGCAGAUUUGUCGUCAGUCUACCAAAGAAGGAGUCAGUAAUUUGCAAACUUGGUGGAUCGAAAGCGACCGCGUUAAAACGAUUUUUGGGCAUCGAAAGACGUCUGAUGGCAAAUGAAACCCUAAGGCUCCUCUAUACGGAAUUCAUUCAUGAAUACAUGCUUAUGGGCCAUAUGGUAGAAACAAAUGCUUAUGAAGCUAAAGAGCGAACAUAUUACAUGCCGCAUCAUGCUGUCAUCAAGCCUGGCAGUACCACAACGAAACUUCGCGUUGUGUUCGACGCAUCAUGCGCAACAUCCACUGGAAUUUCUCUCAAUAACGCAUUGAUGGUAGGCCCUGUCGUUUAG